AUGGAGAAAAUUCUCAAAGAACAGAAAAUGCAGCAUGCAGCGAUGCGCGGAAGACACGAAGACAGUGGACUAGUGGAGCAGAGCGAUGACACACCGCGCAGACGCACAACCAUUGAGCCACAGUUCACAAUCGGCAGCAAUGACCACAGUGCACCACCGCCGUUGAAGGUGGUGCCAGGCACCCUUGGACAAUACUACGAACAAUGGAUAGACCAAAACCACACAAUGAUCGUCAACUACAACACGUCCAAGUGUCCGAUCAGUCACGUCACCCGUAGCUUCAAUAUGAUUGGCGACUUCAAGCAAAACAUAGCCAUAGAGAAGAGCAUAGAUUGGAUGAGGAUGAGUAGAUCCAGAAAUCUCAAUAUAAAUAACAUCAACAGAGAUAUCGAAGACGAAAAAUGGUUCAAAAGAUAUUCAAUAUUAAGUUCAUGGACUGGCAGCAAGACAAGUAAUGAAAUUACCACGAAAAUUACUAUACAGCGUCAGGAAAGUUGCAAAAGUGUAGAUGGCUUUCUGACAACUGAAGAACCAAGCAGCGGUUAUUGCAAUCCAUCGGAGGACAGCAGUACAGACACACCGGGCAGAUUUAUUUGGAUCAUAGUUUUCAUGUUUCUGUAUGGCGUUCCAUUCUCCCUCACAAUAGCGAUGUACAACCUAGACAUCAACAAUUUUGAUUAUUUGGACACCAGAUGCUACUACAACUUCCACUGCGCACACCCAAAGUUGCGCAUCAUCGACUUUAACCACGUCGUGUCGAAUGCCGGAUAUUGCAUUUUGGGCGUUAUUUUCGUUCUGAUAGUAAAGCUGUUGCACCGGGAAAGUAAUGUAAAUGGCGUUCAACUGCAGUCCAGCCUCUACUACGCCAUGGGCAUGUCUCUGUUUGCUGAGGGUUUCUUUAGCGCCUGUUACCACACGUGCCCAAACCGCUAUAGCUUCCAAAUAGAUACGAUCUAUAUGUACGUGAUGGCAGUGCUGUGCAUGUUGGCGAUAUAUCAAAAGCGUCGCGCAGACAUCACGCGACAGGAGCGCAAAUGGAUCUACUCUUUCCUGUCAUUCAUCUGCGUCUCUAGCUGGCUUGGUGUUCUACUCGACACCAAAAUCUGGUUUUGGCCAGUGUUCAGCGUCAUGCAUUUUUCAUGCACUAUCUUUUUAGCAUUUAAUUGUAAGAUAAACUCGUCAAACUUGAACUGCAAACGAUAUAAGAAAGAGUCAAGUUCCUGGUAUAGAAGAGGCACAAUAUUGUUUUUUUUCCUGUUCAACCUUACAUUUGACAUCGUUGUUAAUAUAUUACGUCCACAAGUCUGCACCUCAGUACUAUUGUAUUUGCUGAUUUUAAACUUGGCCUAUGGAUCUGGAGUCUACAUUACAUUGAAGAUCGUGAAAGACACGGAAAUUUGUACCAUGAAGCGCUCCCCUUGGAAAUCGAAGUGCUUCUGGUUCAUCGUGGCAACGUGCGUUUGCCUUGCUCUCAGCACCGGUUUUUUUGCUCUCGGAAUCUCCUAUUAUCUGCAAACCAGCAACAACUGGGAAAGUCCGCCAGCUAUCUCGAGGACUUUAAACAAACAGUGCGUCCUCUUUGGUUUCUUUGACAACCAUGACAUCUGGCACUUCUUGUCUGCUCCCGGCCUCUUCUUUUACUUUCUCUUCUUGUUCAUCAUCGACAGACACCUUGAUGACGUACCGAGUGACCAGAUUUCAGCUCUCUUCUAAUAGAGCACUGUGCGGAAUCAUCUUUUAUCACCUUUUUGAUUUUUUAAUAAAAGUGACAACCGGAGCCGUCCUGAAC